AUGGCGUGCCAUGGAUUUCUUGCGACACCGACCCCGGGAUCACAUGGACUUCAUAAACAUGGAAGGACCAGAUGUUUGGCUGCAGCUGGCUCCAUAUUCACAUCCCUCAACACGUCUAUCUUCACAUUCCAUAACCGCCUCUUGCGUUGCAUUUCAAAGUUUUUCCGUCCAUCCACCACAGCUACCGCAACUCCUAGCAGUCUGGUCACCAAGAAACAAGGGUACAAAAAGCUCGAGAAACACGAGCAUCAUCAGAGAAAACGUAACGACAAGAAAAGAACCAUCGUUCUUGAUCUUGAUGAAACAUUGGUGCACUCAUCCAUGGAACCACCGGUCCGGGUUAACGUCGAUUUCAUGGUGAGGAUAAAGAUGCAAGGAGCGGUUAUACCAAUGUUUGUGGUGAAACGACCAGGAGUUACUGAGUUUCUUGACAGGAUCAGUAAAAACUACCGAGUGGCGGUCUUCACUGCCGGGGUGCCGGAAUAUGCUUCACAAGUUUUGGAUAAACUUGACAAGAACCGUGUUAUCUCACAGCGGUUAUAUCGAGAUUCGUGCACAGAAAUGAAUGGGAGAUAUGCCAAAGACUUGUCUCUAGUGUCGAGGACAGACAUGGGGAGUGUUUUGCUAGUUGAUGAUAACCCUUUCUCCUACUCGUUGCAGCCUGAUAAUGGAGUUCACAUUAAGCCUUUUGUGGACGACAUGGAAGAUCAAGAAUUGAUGAAACUUGCGGAGUUCUUUGAUGGUUGUUAUCAGUACGAAGAUUUAAGGGAUGCAGCAUCAGGAGUUCUAUCCAGCAAACUGAUUUGA